CAUUUCCAAACACGUGGCGCUAGUGUUCUAUCCAUUCUAAACAAGAUUGUCAAAUUGUCAAUCGUGCGGAUUCGUGCGUAAAUGUGGAGUGUUUUGUGUUGUGAGUGAAUGGUGCUUGUGGGGUCUUGGAAAAUUAUUGCCUAUUGCUGCUGUUAUGUGGAUAUGUGUACGUAACGGGAGAUAGCUGCGCUGUGAUUAGCGGUCUAACUGUGGAAUGGUUCCGGUGUAUCGGCGGUUUGGUUUUAAUUUGAGCGGCUGAGGCGAACACAAGAUGGGGAAGCUACUAUCGAAGAUCUUCGGCAACAAGGAGAUGAGGAUACUCAUGCUGGGGCUCGACGCAGCUGGAAAGACUACUAUUUUAUAUAAACUUAAAUUAGGUCAGUCAGUCACAACGAUACCCACGGUCGGUUUCAACGUGGAAACGGUCACGUAUAAGAACGUCAAAUUCAACGUUUGGGACGUCGGGGGGCAGGACAAGAUACGUCCGCUUUGGAGGCAUUACUACACAGGCACUCAGGGUCUAAUAUUCGUAGUGGACUGCGCGGACCGCGACCGCAUCGACGAGGCGCGUCAAGAGCUUCACCGGAUCAUCAACGACCGCGAAAUGCGCGACGCCAUCAUACUCAUCUUUGCCAAUAAGCAAGACUUGCCCGACGCGAUGAAGCCGCACGAAAUCCAAGAAAAACUGGGCCUGACACGUAUCCGCGAUCGCAAUUGGUACGUGCAGCCGUCGUGCGCCACCACCGGCGACGGGCUGUACGAGGGGCUCACGUGGCUCACCAGCAACCACAAGUUAUGAGCGCAGGAGUAGGCGGCCCGGCUGCCACGGUGAGGAUUUCGAUGCCAUUUAAUUUAAGUACGCUGCCCGUGCCGUCGAAUCUUGUAAUUUCUCAAACCAGUGUCCAACGCGGGCCCAUCGUGUAAUAAACACUCAGUGUGGUGCGAUAUGCAAGACUGUCCAAAACAGCGAGGACUAUUCAAUUAUUAGAUAUACAGAUGUGCGAUGCGGAGAGUUUUCGAAAAUCUGCAAAAGGGAAAUUUCGCAAGAAAUAAAAAUAUUGUAUUAGGCUGCGUUACCACCAGAGAUGUGCGAGGGAUGUAUUUGUUAGGAAUCAAUAGAAAGGGCUGCGCUGAGCGAGGAUAGAUAAAUGAAGUGAUUCUAUUGGUUCUUAACAGACACAUUCCUUGGUACGCAUUCUCUCUGGUGGAAACGCAGCCUUAUCUUAUAGCCGCCCACAGGUCAAGACAUGCCAAGAACAAUGCAAUUUUGAUUUGUCAAAAUAAAGGUUAGAUAUACAAUGUAAUUUAAGGUCUUUUUAUAAGCCUCUGGGCGGCUAGAGGUUCCUCAUAUAAAAUUAUGAGAAGUUCCGAAAUAAUUCCAUGUGGAAAUUUCGCAAUUUUAGGAAACUCUCCGAUGACACAUCAGUGAUUAGAUAGUUUGUGAACUUUCACAAAAAAAAAAAUGAGAAAUCAAUUAUUCCAUUAUUUAAUUAAAUUAGAGGUUUGUUGUAUCGAUUGAUUUAUUUUUUUUGUAUGUUUAUUUAAAUUACUUAGAGUAAAGAUUUUUUAUUAAUUUAAAUGUGUACCUCCAAUUUUGUAUGAUAGUAUGGUAGAAAUUCGAAGUUUUUAAUGCAUUAUAUUAUAUCAAUUGAAUGUGGAUAGGAGAGAUCGCAAUAUGUGUAUUACUUAAGUAAUAACUAUCACGCCUGCGCUAUGAAGCUGGACGUAUUUGUAUCUUGACUGUUAUCCUUUACAUUAUAAUAUUCGAAACUUUCGCGUUUUGAACACAUUUAAAACCGAGUUUAUCGCGAAUUUAUUUACCUAUGUGCCUUUAUUUCCUACGUUACGCAGGUUUCACUGGUCAACAGAUUUUUGUCGUAUCGUCGGAAAUAAAUGUAACAAGAAUAAAUUCGCGAUAGACACGGUUUUAAAUAAUGUUAUCCUUUGCAGUAUUACAUUCUCUUGUUCCUUGAUUUAAUAAAUUAAACUAAAGGUUAAUCUUUUCUUUUCUUGAUGGACUUGAGGGCGGUGUUGCCCGUAGCCAAUCACGUCAAAGGGUAGGAACAAAAUAAAUGCUCUUAGAGCACGACGCUGUUCGGUGGUUGUUGUAGUUGUCUCGUAAAACCGAUAGCUGGAUUUUACGAGAAGCACGUGGACUACCGGCCGUUGACUCCAAAAUGGUGGUUAAACACGCUUUGAGAUUAAUUCUCCAUUCACUGCACACUACCACAUUAGAUUAUUGUAUAAUAAAGCUAUCGAUAUUACACUUUAAACAAUAUUAAUGAGCAAAAAACAAAGGAAUUAAUCACGAGGCUACUAUCAAGAUGGCGUUCGAACCGGAUGUCAGGUUAAUCUUUAAACUUUCAAUUAAUUUUAAUAAAAGUUUCGUUAAUGUAAAGUCUAAUCGCGUUAUAAAUGCGUUACAAGCCUCAAUUAGCUGUUAAUCGUUUGUCUUAAUCUGUCAUUUUGACUUAUCUAUUUGUAAGAAAGGGAUAAAACAUAAAUUAAAUAAUUGAGACUUGUAAAGUUUUAUCAAUGUUUUUUUUUAAAUCAUUAUUUACCAUUGUAUAUGUAUACUUAUAAUUCAUAAUCACUAUAUAGUAUAAAACAGUCGCUUCCUGCUGUCUGUCUGUCCCUAUGUAUGCUUAGAUCUUUAAAACUACGCAACGGAUUUUGAUGCGGUUUUUUUAAAUAGAGUGAUUCAAGAGGAAGGUUUAUAUGUAUAAUACAUAACCAUUGCACACGUGCGAAGCCGGGGCGGGUCGCUAGUAUAACAAUAUAACAUUGUAUGAUGAUAUUGUCUUCGGUUACCGCGAUAGUUACUCAUGAAAUAAAACUAUGAAAACGGAUUAUAUCGCGUAUAUUGAAUUUAUAAUACAUCCCGACACCCGUUGACCACGAACGCUGUAAAGAGUUCGAAACGUCGGGAUGUAUUAUAAAUUCAAUAUACGCGAUAUAAUCCGUUUUCAUAGUUUUAUUGUAUGAUGAUUUGAAAUGAAAUUUCUUAACUGUAAUCUAAUUAAUAAGUUGGUAACUACUGCGAUUUUCUUUUCAGUUGUAUUAUUAUGGAGUAUCCGAAAGUCGUUUGUUGUAUGUAAUUAUAACCAAUGUAUAUUUUCCUUUAUAAUAUUAAACUCAAAACAGUCAAGGUAUAAACACAAAAUUGUUGUAAAUCAAUGUACAUAUUGAUGUUUUACAAUGUAUGUACAUAACGAAUAUUGUAUUAUCAUCUUAUAAUUUCAUGUUGGUGUAUUUUGUAUAAAAAGUAACCGGGAUCCCUUAGGCUUUGUGUAAGAAUUAUAAAUAAAUUUCUUGAAGAUUACAACUGAAUAAAGCAACGCAUUUUCGUAUAAAUGUACCUAGAUUAGGUUGAUCCAUUUGCCGUAAGUUGUAUAUAAUGGCCAGUGAAAUUAAUGUAAACUAUACACAAAAGAAUAUUAAGACGCAAAGUAUUUUCAAAUUAUUGUACCACCAUAAAGCAUAGAAAUAAAUUAAAAAUGGAAAAUUUCACUCUUACGCAAGGCUAGAACUCGCGACUGGAUUACUAGCCCAUAAGAUGUGUAAUAA